UCGGCACGUGCUGGAUAAAAAACAAGCGCCCCUCUGUCGCGCGGUGACGUGUAGGAACAGGAAGUCAGGAAACAGUAGAAGAGAAAAGUUGCAAUAGUUCAGGGAUAAAAAGUUGAUAAAAAAUGAGCCGAAUUUAUCACAACACGUCUUUACAGAACAAACCAGUGCACAAUGAGAGAUUUGACCGCGUGUGGUCUCCCUCUACGUAUGAAAGUGGCCAGGGGGUCCUUUUAGAAGGAAAGCUGCUGGAUGUUUCCAGACAUGCCAUCAGUGACGACAGCAAUCAAAAGGUCCGUUUCUAUGUCCUGUACAUCAAACCCAGCCGCAUCCAUCAGAGGAAGUUCGAUGCCAGUGGUACGGAGAUGGAGCCAAACUUCAGUGACACCAAAAAGGUCAACACUGGCUUCCUCAUGUCCUCCUACAAGGUGGAAGCUAAAGGGGAGUCGGACUGUCUGUCUGAGGAGCAGCUGUCCCUGAUGGUGAACAAAGCUGAGCUGGUGAAGAUAACUGACAAGCACCGACCCAGCGGGACCUGGGCCUUCUGGUACCCAGAGUCAGAGAUGGACACAACCGAGCUGGAAACGGGACGGGAUAUACGGCUGAAGACCCGAGGAAACAGUCCUUUCAUAUUCUCGUUAGCCAAAGUGGACGGCGGAACGGUGACCAAGUGUAACUUCGCUGGCGAUGAAAAGGCCGGAGCGUCGUGGACGGAUAAGAUCCUGGCCAACAAAGCAGACGCAGUUGGCGCUCAGGGGCCCGGCCAUGGAGAGGGAGCCGAGGAGGAUGAAUGGGAUGACUGAGGAAGCCAUCUCUCCGGAUGUCUUGGCGCUGUUCCCGUCUCCAGGGUGAACUGCUUCAGUUUGAAUCCCUUCCUGCAUCUGUCUUGGCCUUGGGACUCCCACAUUUGACCGGUACUUAACCUCUUUGGCCCUGGGACUGAAAACCUGGCGUCACUUCCACAAUAUGGGACCAGACCCCUCCAGCUCCAUGUGUGUAUCUUAGCUGCCUUUGAAACUUUACCCUUGUAUAACCUGGAUAAGAUCCGCAAUUGUAUAUAACUACUGUAUAUAACUACUAACUACUAUUUUUUUAAUCUCUCUGAGCUUGUUCUUCUACUCCGUCCGUUUGUGUCCCAAUUUAAACCAGAGUUUCAGCAUAGCCUGGUGACAGUCCCAAAUAUCUGUAGUUUUACUGCACACUUGUUAGUCCUUUGAGU